AACGGGUAAAUACGGUUUAAUUCAAGAUUAAUAAAGCUUAGACAAAAGAUACACACACAGGUCUUUUUUUUCCAUCUUUUUUAUUAUCUGGAGUAACCUAUGUAAGAGGAUUAGGGCCAAGGUGCAAAAACAUUUUUGUUUUUCUGAAUGCUGACUGUUUCUCAAGAUUUUUGAAGAAAAAAAAUUGAAUUCUAGCUUUUUUUCCAGUAAUCUUAAAGUCAGAAUCCUGCUAAAGACAGCAUUUAAAAUCAGUUCUGUGCUAAUUAUAUAUUCUGCAUAGAUCAACAUUGAUUGAUAGAUUCCCUAAAAAAGUCUAUUGAUCAUUGAUUUUUUUUAAGUUAUUGCUAUGUAGCCCAAUGCUUUGGCCUUGAGAGGGCAGGGUACCUUUUGAAUACAGAAUGAAGAUGGACAGCAGAAAGAUUUCUAUUAUUCAUUAAAAGUGUGUGUAGUUUUUUUAAAAAUAAAAAUGACAGAACAUGAAAAAGCCUGCAAUUUAAUUUGCUUUAACUGGAUCUUAUAUAUCUCACAUAAAUAACUAAAAUAACUUAAAAUAUCUAGACAUGAACCAAUUUCAGAUACAUGGAAUGUAACUGUGGCGAAGCCGAUUAAAUGUAAAAAUGACCUGCCAUAUACGUGAGCUUCUGCAUGCUGCUGAAAAUGCUGUUGUGCUCCCAGGGCAGAAAUCAAUUGCUGAAUUAGCAAAAUGGACUUUUGAACUAGCAGAUGUCUAUAUCUAUUUUUAUCUGCACUGUUAACCAGAAAAAAGCAACAGGUUUUUCCUCCUCUGACUCUGCUGUGAAAAAAACUACUGCGAUUGGAAAUGCUUUGCUCUGUGCAAUGUACAGUGCAAGGGAGGUAGAAAUUAUAAGGAUGUAUCCCCCGCGACACAAUAUUUCAGGGUCAUCCGUCUCUGGUGAAGGCCCUUUCUCAGGUAUAUGGGAAGGUCUACCAACGUCAGAUUGACCCCUUCAAAGAGAUCCUGGUCACGGUGGGGGGUUAUGGUUCCCUGUUCAGCAUCAUGCAGGGCCUGGUGGAAGAAGGAGAUGAGGUCAUCAUAAUUGAACCUUUUUUUGACUGCUAUGUACCCAUGGUGCGGAUGGCCGGGGCCAAGCCGGUUCUGAUUCCAUUACGGCCUAAAGCCAGCACUCUGGAAGCAGCAGGAAACAUCUUAAAAAACUGGAGGAAUAUUUAACUGUUGGUGGUGACCUCUGUAGCAAAGAUGAAAAGAGAUGGAAUUAUCAAUAUGUUUACUGUAUAUAUGUUUUACAGUGGUGGGCACCAGUCCGCUAAAGCGCAAAUCUGCUAAUUGCGGAUCUAAACAUUUUGUUUGCGCUUAAGUG